AUGUUAGGAGAUAAGGCCGCCAGUAAAAGGUCAGUCCAAAAUUGGAUGUGUGCCAUUAAACAAGGUGACCCUGUUGUCGCAUCCAGAAAUACUGGUCGAUCAGUUGACGAAGAGAAAAAUAAUGAACGAAUUGAAAAAAUUCGUGUUUGUUUCGAGGAAUCGAGACAUUGGAGUCUUCGCUCAAUUUCCAAUCGAGAAGAGAUACCACUGAGUACCGUCCAAAGGAUUGUAGUCCAUGACCUUAAGAUGAAGAAGAUUUUGAAGAAAUGGGUUCCACAUGAUUUGUCGUUUUCUCAAAUGGAACAUCGUGUUUUAGCUUGUAGAUCCAAUUUAGAGCGAUUAUCAAAGGACAAAACACUGUUAAAAAGAACAGUUACUAUUGAUGAGUCAUGGGUCGCACUUUACAUGGCGCCAGAUAGGAACCAAUCAAGAUCUUGGCUACUUCCAGGUGAGGAACCGGAAAUUCAGGUAUCCCAAAAUAUUCAUGCUGGUAAACGAUUACUAAUAAUGGCCAUGGAUUACUUUGGAAUUUGCUUCUGGCAGCUCCUCCCGCCAAAAACGACUGUAACGGCUGAGGUCUAUAAACAGUUUCUUGACGAGUAUAUACCGAAGUGGUUAGACGGAAAGCCAUUUGAGCGACCUAUUCUACUUCAUGAUAACGCGAGACCACAUAAGGCAACUCUAGUUACUGAGUUUUUGGCAGAAAAACAAGUUCCAUGUUUGUUUCAUCCUCCUUAUUCUUACGAUAUAAGCCCUUUGGACUUCUGUUGUUUUGGCCAAUUAAAUAGGCGACUCAAGGGAAUCAACCACCAAAAUUGGGAUGAAUUCGAACAAGCUUUGGAAACAGCGGUAAAUAACCUUAAUAGCGAAGGUCACAUGAAUGGUAUUCAACAGCUACCCGAUAGAUGGUCACGUGUGAUUAAUUCUAAAGGUCAAUACUUGUAA